GGAAAACGCAGGAAAGGCUCUGCAUUCAUCAUUCCAUAAGUUGAUGCACAGAUCAAAAGUAUUCUAGUCUAGAGGAAACUGGAGAAUAAUUGUCGUCUGCAAAAGAAUGCAGCAUUCUUUAGAGAAAGCAGCAGACUUCGUUAGCGCUGAAAAUAGCUUGAGCCAACCUACAACAACGAUUGAUAAGACUGAAGGUGAACAAGAAAUUGAGACAUUGGAAGGUGUAGAUGAUGAAGAAGCGAACCUAAUCGACGGCUGGAAUAACUGUAAAAAGAAUCCUCAACAUUUUAACUUUAUACCCGUUGACCAAUUUACCAUAAAAAUGUUACCCCAGAGUCACCAAAACCAGGAUGUUUAUGAAUACGUCAAAACUGUUUCCAGCCUGACAGUGCUCGUCGCUGUUGCUUUUACGAGUCCGAACAGGCCAACGUUGAGGGCAGACUCAAAGCUGCACUACAGCAUGCACGAUGACAGGAAAGUGAAACGUUACCGGAAAGCCUCUGGGACUGUGGUCGCAGUCCACCAUUACCACGAACCUUGCUGGUGCUCUAACUGUCAAAGCUCCGACCUACCCAGCCAAUCCAGGUGGGAACUCGAGGUAGACACGGCAUCGCAUGUGGUUUUUGAUGAGCUCGAAGCCAGCCACACUAAACUUACACUGUUCUUCGACACCAGGUCAAGCGCUAAGGUCACUCUGAGCGAUGUCCGUCUCGAAGCCAGCGUUGACAUCGAAAAAGACAUUUGCAGACUUUGCUGUGUGACCUGUGACAAAGAUCUCGGAGCAAAAUUGCAAGGAAUGUUUAAGAGAUAUCUGAAACUUUGGGACGCCGUCUAUUCAAAAUACAAGAGAAUUAGAAAUGCUUGUCAGUUAGCCAUCAUAGUAUCUCACCCACACGGCUGUGCUAAACAUAUCAGUUUGGGAAAGUGGGUAGACAAGUUUCAAGCGGAAGGAUAUUUCAAAAAAUUUACAUACACCACAGAUACAUGCCCUGGCAGCAGUGGCGCUCUUGUCAACCUUAUUGGCUUUAAUAAAGCCUGGGAUGCCAAUGUACAUACUGGAAAAGAUGGACCAUUAAAUUUCAGCUCUUGUGGCUACUUUACUCCUAUUUGAGUGAUUAUGUAAAUCUAAAGAUCUUUGUUAACUCCUUCUCUCCUAACUGACGAUACCAUCGUUGAUUUCACCAGAAUGUGGUAAAUAAUUACGGAGAGAAAGAGUUAAGUAUGUGAUUUGUAGUUUUAAAUGUUAACAAUUUUAAAAUGGUAAAGGAAACUGAAACUCAUCUUCUGUUCGUUGUGCUUUAGAAGUGAUUGCAUGAGAAACUUCUUUCGUCAAAAUAACUUCCCCAACAACCGUUUCCUAUUAUAUUUAAACCUGGUCGACCGGCGGCGUAGCAUACGCCGCUAUUUUACAAGGCCGGCCUUGGAUGACCGCAUUGGGCCCCGCACUUUCAUAGUAACCGCGCUAAUUCUAGGUGUAUAAAUUAUUAAAUUAAACUAUUGUAUAAGUUAUAACAGAUUUCCCGCGGCCUCCUGUCAAUUUACCAGGAGCUCCUGAAAAUCUCCUGAAAUUGCAAAAUAUACGAAAAGUCUUGGAAAUAUCCGGAAAUUAUUAAAAUCUUUAGAAAACUCAUACGAAUCUCCUGAAAUAUAUAGACAAAAAUUGUCAUUUUGGGGUGUCAUUCAAUAAGGGAAAUGCCAAUCCUACGCGCGAUAAAAAAAAAAAAACGGCAUUUUCCUUGUAAUUUUGGAAUCGUAAAGUUCAUGGGAUAACUCUAUCCGCAGAAAUAAAAGUGAAAUUUCCUUUACUUCUUCUUCUCGUCCAAACUCUUGAGCGAAGAAGAGAAUUAUAUAUAGAGAUUUUUAAUUUUUAGAGAUCAUUACUGUUUUAACAAAAUCAUUAAGAAAAGUUUUUGCCUCUUUUGGUAUUUUAACUUUUUUUUUUUUUGGUCACAAAAUUCGAAUGUUUUUUUGAGAAAGAGUUUUAUAGGAACUCGUUCUUGACCUAAACUAGUCUUUCGAUCUACAGCAUCAUUGCUUCUAGUUUUCUGUACAUUUGUUCGAGUACAAGAUUUUCUUGGGGCUGCCUCAGACAUGAAUUUAUAUGUUUUCUAUCAUAUAUUUCAUUUAAUUUUUAUUGAUAAAAUAGUAAACCAUAAUUUAUAAAUAGCAAAACAAAACCUAAUGUACUCAGAGGCAUAUUUUUUAUUCGUUACGCUAGAACACAUUCGUACAAGUGCUCGUUCUUCCCUAGUGUCAUUAGAGAAUGGAAUGGGUUGCCUGAAUCAGCCAGGAAAACAAAAGACUUAGCAAAGUUUAUGAUUCUAGACUAACAAUAACAACUGUGCGCUUAGAAAUAUUUGUGUACGAAUUGUUUUUUUGUUUAGCGCAAUUUCAUGCUUUUAGGUUUCUCAAUACACUAUAAUACUAUCACUUGUCUGGACCUGGUGGAAAGGGGUAGGAGGAGAAAGGAUGGGGUAUCUGGGUGAUCGCUUUUUUUAUGUUUUUUUUUUCGAACUUGAGAGCUAAAGCCUUCUCAGGCUUCUCAAGCCAACACGGUAACCACUCUGCUAGCGAAGAGUCUGUGAACAAGGAAGAUUGUAGAGUUAGCUAUUUUUUCUAUUCCACGUUUGUGUUCACUAAGCCUCAGACGGCAAUCUAUAAAGGGUACUAAUUUAGAGUAUACCACCACUUCAGUCAAGUACAAUUUCUUUCCCUUGUUUGAGACACCAAACAAAAUAAAUUAUUACCAAUAUUUAAUUAACUAGUUGAUUAAAAAAAAUAAUUGAUUCUUGUGUUUCAGUUAAAAGAAAUAAUUGAGCAAAAUUUCAGCUUGAUCCGAGAUUGGAUGUGGGAGAAAUAGCGUCUAGAAACUUUUUAAUAAACAUACAGACUGAGUUGAUUUAAGAUGUGUAAAAAUGUAAUCUCUCCUGCUUCAUUAAGCACUGUGUGCAGAAGUCAAGAAGACCGGAUUUGACCUGCGGGCCUUAGUUAGGGCAUCACUGCUUUAUACCUUGAAUGCUUUCGCCAUUAACCGCCCUUGUUUGUAGUAUAGAUAUCACAUUGGUAAUAAAUUGCUCUUUUUUCUUCCUUACUUCGUAUUUACACGAAAUAUUUGUUUUAUUUAGUUCAAUUUAACUCCCCCGCCCCAUACACACAAAACACAAUGUAGUCCUACUUUGUGAUAUGUUUUAGCUAUAUUAAAGUAGGCACAUUGCUUAAGUACCAGUAGGCCUACUAAAUAGUGACAAACAUAAGGCGAAUAUUCUUCUUCCUCUUGAAACUGUCAGGUAUAGUUGAGCCUUCGGCUCUUGGAACUCUAAGCCAGCAAAAGUGAACAAGAGCUCCCUUUCACGGCCUGAAUGAGAACAGUGUACACUGUUCUGUCUGGCGUGGUGUUAGACUCGCGGCCAGAGACCGCGUGCACCGGGACCCCUGCCAUUUUCCUUUUCUAUACUAGGCUAACCGUGCAGGGCAGGCCAUUUAUGUAACGGCCCCUUGAGUAACGGCGCCUGGAUUGUGACAAGGUUGUGGGAGCUUUUUUUUUUAUAAAUGAAUACAUUCAUGGAUUAAUUUCUUCUUCGAAGCAAUUUGUUAACACGUGAACACGCGUAGGGAAAUUUUUGUUAAAGAAAAGUCAGCUGUGAUUUAUAAGAUAAGAUAAGAUAAACAAUUAGCGAUAUCAGACAAAGGAGAAAACAAUUUCCUUCUCCGCGUCCAGUCUUUGUCCGGUAAACAGUCGGAAAUGUUCAAUGCUGUGAAGCUAGAAAUGAUAGUUUUGUCAACGUGGAGGUAGACCAGCUUGAUACUCAGGUGAACAAAAGGACAUCGUCCUACAGCGGUUCUCAACCUUUUUAACUCGGAGAACCCCUGAUACGAUUCCCCACUAGGCGGUAACCCCCCCCCCCCAACCGUAACAUUUUGCUCGUUUAUAGGCCUAGGUAAAUGUGAUUUUGCUAAUGCUAUAAAACGGGAAGCGAAAUCUCUGAUAUUCAUGAUGUAUUUCCCUUGAAACUGAACAUAGCAAGAGCUCAGUAACAUUGCGUUUGUGUAAAAUAAAUGUUUGCUUCGAUUGAAAAAAAAAAAGUUUAUCUUGAUUACUAAUAUGUCAUUCAUUUACUUCUAUUACUUUUCUAUUGCAUGUUGAGUAUAUUCAUGUUGCAUAGUUAAGUGACAAUUUGAAAAGUAGGGCUAGGCAUAGAAAAUGUACAGUCAAUGUGCCUACAAUAAACUACAUAAAGACCAGUUACAGAAGCCCUUCGAUGAGCGUCUCUGCAAAGCAUCCACACAAUCCUGAUGCAGUUUCAGGUGCGAUGGGCAGGACACGUCUGCAGAAUGGAAGACCGCUGCAUCCCUAUACGACUCUUGUAUGGCCAACUAAGCGAAGGAAAGCGCUCGCAAGGUGGUCAAAGAAAGCGCUACAGGGAUACCCUCAAAGCUUCUCUGAAGGCGUUCAAAAGUAGUAAGACCCAGGCACCUGGGAGACAGAAGCACAUGACAGAGCAUCAUGGCGUCGCGUUGUGAAAACUGGCGCACAGGUUGCUGAGGAAAAGAUAACAACACUGGCAGAAGAAAAGCGCCAUAGAAGAAAAGCAAGGCCAAUGACACUAGCUACCUCUGAUCAUCAAUACACCGCUGCCACCAUGUUAAUUAAGAUCUAGGUUCACAGUCAGCAAUAAACAAACAACAACCAUUAGUGUCAUGGCGGAGAAUGAUACUUUAUUAUAUUGAACGCGUGCACCUUUGCGCACCAUAUCAACACACUCCAACGUCAAUUCAAAGUUUGAGCUUGUUUCUGUUUCAUCGGAUCAGGAAUUCUCGGAACAGACUUUGUAAGAACACAAAAAAUCUCAUCUUCUGCAUUAAGUCUACUUCUGAAUUUAAACUGGAUAUCUAACUAACUGGAGAAACCUGUUUUGCCAAGAUAUGCAGUUGAAAAUCGAAGAAGAAGGCGCAAACAGAAUCAGAAUCGAGUCAAAGAAAUAACGUUUAACUGCAUUGCUGAAGAUGUAACGAUUAUGUCAGUGUCUUCGUUGAUAAUAUAUGUGAUGAGUCACACAUGAAGUUUCGAUGUCUUUUGGUGACUCAUUCUGUACCAAACAUUGAAAUGCAAGCAUACCUGGAGCACCAUCAGUGCAGACAGCACAAAUAUUUUUUCCAAGAGAUCUUAUACUAUUCCAAAAAUGAACCAUUUUUGUCAAAUACGUAAUCUGUUGUACAGAUUGGUACAAGAGGUUUGAAGAAUAGAAAAUCACGUAAACCAGUAAUUGUGAACAAUUUGCAGCCUCUGAGAAUUCAUCAAGCUGGAUGUUAAACAGUGUGGUGAAGAAAUCUUUUGUGUUUUUUGUUUUUUUUUAUUACCUGAUCAAUAUAUCUCCCGUGUUGUUUUAGCCGCUUUGCA